UAUCUUUUAUAGUCUUGAAGUUGGUCUUACAUCUCUCUUUUUGUUGAUCGGAUCGUACAGUUUUGAGAGAGAAAAAUUUUAAGAUUGAAUUUUUUUUUCUUUCUUGAGAGUGAGACCAGCAUAAUGGCAGCAAUCGCGACAACAGAUCCCGGUGAUAAUUCACAGUUUCACAAAAUGUCAGCGAAACAAUUUAGACAUAAAGCACUCGAAUUCUUAAGUUCUAGAAAAUAUGCAAAUAACCUUUUUGAUAUACUCAGCCAAUGGAAAAAUUCCACUAAUCUGUGUAUGAUGACUUUAGAGACAAUUUUUCUAGAGGUUUUAAGAAGAGGUGAUAUGUAUUUGGAAAGGACAAUAGCAAUUACUAUUUCCGAACCAAGCCCAGAAAUUAAAUACAUUAAUUGGUUAAGAGAAUACUAUGAAGAAACUUGGUCAAAAACCUUAUCAUGUUUUGAAAGUGAUAGAACAGUAAUACAAAAUCAAGCUUUAACAACUGCAAUUAAUAUGAUGGCAGAAGAAGGAAAAUACCCAAUUGAUGCACGUGAAAAUCAUGCGUAUUUUUUCCCCGUACACCGAUUAAAAUCAAUUCUCAUGGCACUGUUGUCACCCGAUCAAGACAACACGCAUCUCAUAUCAAAAUUUGAAGAAACACUCGGAUACAAAGAUGCUUUAUACUACACAUUAAAAACACUUCCAUCCUUAACUCCUAAAAGACAACCACAUAAAUUAUUUAUUAAAAAUCUUCUGGAACUUAUCAACAGAUUUGCAUUGGCUAAAGAAAACGCAUAUAACGCAGCUAGUGAAAAUCAAAAAUUGUUAUGCCAUUUACCCGAUUCCCCAGUGAAUUUUACAUGGGAUCAAUCCUCAGCCAGAAAAUCUUUAAACAAAGUUUGGGGAUGUAUCAUGCACUGGGAAUUAACGCCUCAACUCCACAAAUUGCUGUUAAUUGUUCUUGUUGAACGGGUAAUUCAAUAUUUAGAAAAACCGAUAUUAUUAACAGAUUUUCUGAUGGAUUCACUAGAUGCUGAUGGCCCGAUUGGAGUUCUUGCUCUUAAAGGUGUUUAUGAACUCGUCACAAAGCAUAAUCUAGAGUAUCCCAAUAUUUUUACUAAACUUUAUGCCAUGUUCGAGCCGGAAAUUUUUCAUACCAAAUACAAAGCUCGACUUUUUUAUCUCUCUGACUUAUUUUUACAAUCUACACAUUUGCCCGAAGCACUCGUUGCAGCUUUCAUCAAACGUUUAGCUCGUUUAACUCUCGUUGCUCCUCCGGAAGACAUUAUGAUUAUUUUAGAAUUUAUUGGUAAUCUUCUAUUACGUCAUCCUGGUCUAAAGUGUCUUAUAGACCAUCCUCAUGGUGGUGAAUUAUCCGAUUAUCCUGGUGUAGGAGAUCCUUUUCUCAUGGAAGAACGUGAUCCUCUACAAAGCAACGCUUUGCUCAGUAGCCUGUGGGAAAUCCGUGCUCUCCAACAUCAUGUUUUGCCAAGUAUAGCGACAAAAGCAAGAUUUAUUAAUAAUCCUCUGUCUUCUAAAGAACAUGAUGUGACCGCUGCGUUAGACAAUACUGGAGAAGACAUUUUUAAUAAAGAAAUUAAAGAUACUGUCAAAGAUAUAAUGUUAACAUUUGAACGGCCGCAUUCUAUGUCAUUACCGAAAGGAGAAAGGCUAUUUCAAUACUGGCAAUUAUGAAAUGUGCAUUGAGUGAUUGUUUUACUUAUAAAAAAUAAUGGUAAUUGAUAAUUCUAUAUCGAAACAAUUAUUCUAGCGGGUACUCAUUGAGUACGCAUGAUUGAUAGAAUGUAUUUUCCAUGUUUAUUAACAGUUAUUAAUAAGCUAAGUAAUCUCAGUCAUUUCAAGAGUACUCGUUAGUAGUAUCUAUUGAAAGAAAAUGAUUUAAACUUUUUAAAAAUUCCAUCUUGAGUAACUUUUACAAGAUUUUUUUUUGUUUUUAAAUUUGUGCGGCUGUGAACCAUCCGUUAUUAAUUUUAACAAUUAUUAAAAUUCAAUCGAUAAUUAUUAUAAUAAGUUGAAACAAACAUAACCACUUUUGUUUUGAUAAUUUUGAUUUAUUUUCUAAUUGAGUUAUUUAAUUAUAAAAUGUAUGUAUCUUUACAAUUAAGUAUGUCGAUACAUUUAAUUUAAAUAGAUAAACUGCGAUAGUUGUUUUGUUGUUUGUAAAAACAUUUAUAACCACGUAUAACAGAUAAUAAAAAAUUUAAUUUAAUAA